CUGAUUGAUCUGACAGUCGAGUGGGUGGGUGGUGAGUGCAAAUAAGACAAUAAAAAAACUUAAUAUAUAUUCGAAACGCGUUAAGUAGUAUCGUCAGAGCUAUGUUUUUAAUAAAUACGAAGGACAAUAAGAGUGACUGAAAUUGUUUUAUAAUGAAAAAUAUUAUUAUCCUCUAUUGACAUAUAAUUGUUACUAUGAUGCUCACAACUCUAUCUACUUUAUUCCUUUUUAUUUUAUGUAAUAUUAAACAAGGUCAAUUUGUAUCCAUACAUCCUAAAUUAUUAGUGGUAUCAUAUGAUGCUUUUAGAUAUGAUUAUUUUAAUAGAAAUGUUACGCCUUUUAUGAAUAAGUUGAGGAACGAAGGUACACACGCCGAUUAUAUGAUGAACAUUUUUGUUACUAAAACUUUUCCAAAUCAUCAUACAAUGGCAACUGGAUUAUAUGCAGAAACUCAUGGAGUUGUGGAUAAUGAAGUUUAUGACCCUGUGUCUGGCAAUAUUACCAAAUAUUCAUCUCAACUUUAUCAUUACGACAAUAGAAUUCUACCGAUUUGGACAAUUAAUGAAAAAAAUAUAGGAAGACACAGUGGUACAAUGAUGUGGCCUGGUAGCAUAUUUGAAUAUGGUGGCACCACUCCUGCUUAUGCACAAGCUUUUAACGAUACUGUUAAUUGGGAAGAAAGAGUAGAUACAUUGAUAUCAUGGUUUGUACAUCCCACAAUGCCAAUAAAUUUAGGAAUAUUGUAUAUAGAAGAACCAGAUUAUCAUGGUCAUUUCAUUGGAAUAAACAAUAAUUCUUUUAAUAAAAUUCUUGAAAAAUUAGAUCAAAUUACAAAAUACUUACAUAUCAAAUUAGAGCAAUAUGGUUUAAAUGAUGUUAAUGUUAUCCACUUAAGCGAUCAUGGGAUGGCAACUGUUACAUUGGACAGAAUAAUAGACUUGAAUAAGUACAUUAAUAGUACUGAUUAUACUUUUGUAGGAACAUCACCAGGCUUACAUAUUUAUCCAAAUCCUGGAAAAGAAGAAUUAAUUUAUCAGAACCUGAAAUUUGCUGCAGAAGAAACAAUGAAUUUCAAAGUUUAUAGAAAAUACGAAAUUCCACAAAAAUAUCAUUAUGGUAAUAACAAACGUGUUGGCCCUAUUUUUGUUAUAGCAAACGUGGGAUAUGCAUUCCAGAAUCUUAACGACACUAUUCAGUGUUAUAAGAAGAAGUUUAAUAUCACUGUCGAUAGCACAUCAGAAUUUGGAUUGCAUGGUUAUGACAAUGGAGCAAUAGAAAUGCAUCCUAUAUUCUUUGCAAAAGGUCCUGCAUUUGUUCCUGGUUGCAAGUUGGAACCUUUCAAAAAUACCGAUCUGUUUCCUUUAUUUUGUAAAAUACUCGACAUAAAGUGUCCAAAAACAAAUGGUUCUUUGGCAGAUAUAAGCAGAUGCCUUAAAUUACAAUCUGAUAAUAUUUCGAUACUAACUUAUCAAAUUAUAUUUGUAGGUGUUACACUUGUUAUAACACUUAUAGGAAUUGCUGGAGCUACAUUGAUGUUUGUAAUACGGAAGAGAAAAGUAGGAAGAGCUAACUAUAGAUACAGAGCUAUAUAGAAUAUGAUUGGCUAUCGUUUCUAUUAUAUACGUGUGCAAGAAUUGGAUAAUUAAAUAUAUUUCCAUAGUACAGUUAAAUAUGGAUAUCUUUUGAUAAACGCAUUUCUGUUUUGCAGGAAAUUUUAUUAUAGCGUUGACAGAUAAAUUUGUAAAAAAUGUGAUUUAAUUAAACUUGUUUCUUUAA